AUGGGUGCCUUUCAGCGGAAGCCGUUUGCCUCUCCAACCGGCACCAGCUACCUCCUCCGGAUCCUGUACGUCCUGUUUCUAUGCCUAGGGAGCAUAUUUUUAGUCCUUCUACCAAUGGAGGAACACAGGAUCGUCCUCAUGCUGGAUUUCCGCCCGUCCACGUGGGCAGUGCUCCGGGAGUACGGCUUCACGGAAGCGGCAGUCGAGGCGAUGCCGCGACAAUACGUCCGAAACGUGAUGGGGUCGUACUCGCGGGCCAAGCAAAAGGGGCUGUCUAAGGUGCUCCUCAUCCACGUGCAACACGGGCUGAGCAACCGGAUCCGGGGCUACCUCAGUGCAAAAGCGUUUGCCAACGCGACAGGCCGCCACCUGCGCGUCAUCUGGAUCCCGGACGAGCACUGCCGCGCGCGCUUCCCAGACCUCUUUCUAAACGACGAAGACGUAGCGGAUACGUUUUGGGAGGACGAAGUCUCGGGGGCGAACUUCGAUGCGUACGACUAUAUGCAUCCCGCCACUAAGUACCAGUUCAUUGCGGACGGGCCACGUCAUAUUUACGUGCGCUCUGCUUUCCUGCUUAAUGGACCGGCGGGCGCGGGGCAAGAUGCUUCCAGCCUUGCGCGGCAGUUCCAGGAAUUGGACCCAGUUGACAGCAUCAAAGACGCCCUCCGGCCGUUUCACGCCGUCGGCUGCCACGUGGCACGCGAGUGGUGGCCCUGCAUAGCGUAUGUGGGCGUGCACAUCCGGCAGGGGCAAAUCGGCUUGGGCGAAGAAUACCUGGGCACUCCCGAGGACGUUUCCGCCUACUCACCCGAGGACCGCGCGGCGCUGAACCUCGCGCGUGCCAUGGCUCGCACCGCGCACUUCGUCCACGAGCUGCGCGCGCUCGUCGCGCGCAACACGGGGCUGUCGAUCUUCGUAGCGUCCGACACCGCGCGCGUGGAAGACGAGUUAAUGCGCGAGUUCGGCGGCCGCAUCAUUACUCUGGGGCGCGACCGCCGGUGCACGCAACUAGAGCGGAACGUGGGCUGCCUGCGCGCGGCCCUGGCGGACAUCCUGAUGCUCGCGCACAGCAGCCACCCCGCCAUUCUGGGCAGCCACUGGAGCUCCUUCACCGAAGUCGCGGCACUCGCGCACUCCAAACGAAUCCUGCGCGCGUCCGUUGACUUCCAGGCCCCCGGACUCGCCCCGCUCAUAUGCAACCCGAGCUCCAUAUACGCGCUCCCCGCGUUCGAGGGCGUCUCAAUAUUGGCCGCCCUCAACCCUUCGUACGCGGACCUCCUAAAGAUUGCGCUGCCCACGUGGCUCGCCGCGAUUGGCGUGCACGAAAUUAUUUUGUUGGAUUAUAUGCCGGGGGACGAUAACCGGCUCGCGGCGGCGGUUGCUGGCUUCGAGGAUCCACGACUCAAGUAUGUUAAGGUCCAAGGAACCGGCAAGUUCGACAUAACGCGCGCGUACAACUUCGCGGGGCGCCACAGCCGGGGCUCGCGCAUCCUGAAACUAGACGCGGACAGCAUUCUCUUGCCGGACUUUGUUGAGCACCACCCGCACGUGGGCGGCAUUUAUUACGCCGGAAACUGGAAAGCCGCCCGGUCGGAAAACGAGCGGCAUCUUAACGGGGUGUUUUUCGUCGACCGGGCCACGUGGGCGGCCGUGAGCGGGUUCGACGAGCGGAUCGUGGGGUACGGACAUGAUGACGAUAACCUGCAGAUGCGACUAAGCAGGUUGGCCACGCGGCGCGACCUCGACUUUGACUACAUCCGCCACGUUGAGCAUGGCGACGGCCAGCGCGCGGACAACACUAGAGGGAUCCCUUUCGUGGACGUGUCCAACCUGUUCAACGCGGCGCUGACGGCGCGGCUGGAGCUUUGGCACGAAAAGAUGCAAGGCAGCCAGUACGAGUGCUCCCAGCAGUUGGACGGCACGUGCGACUGCAACCUGACGGCGCCGGUUCCGGACAUCCACUCGGGUCUUUCCCCCGAGGACGAGAGGUCCUACUUGCUGGGAGCCUACCGCAAAGUGGUCGGUUACAGCGUCGACCUGCCGGAAGAAAAGCUGGCCACGGUCACGUCUUUAGAGUGGCUGCAAGGCCAGUUACGAAUCCACUACCAGAAAUUCCGCCGCCCCUGGAUCGUUCUACGUCCGAACGGCACGUGUUCAGAUCGGACGGCUGCCAUUGCUUCCGGGCGCCUCCUAGCAGACAAGUUGAGUUGGCCGCUGCGAGUGAUUUGGCAGAAAGACGAGCAGUGCGAAGAAUCGUUGGGGGAGCUUCUGGACGCGGAACUGGAUUCCAUGGAGACGUUCUUUCCAUGGGAGGUGAACUACAAGUACAAAGCCUUCGACUUGACGGUCGGCCCGGACUGGAUCCUACCCUCAACGGACUUCGCGCGAGUCAGAAAAAGCCUGUUCAUCCACGCGCGCGGACCUUUCGGCGAGGCGCUCUUCUCGCCUGACGCCCUCGCGGCCCCGCACGCGGCGCUCCUUCCGCAGCCGCGAGCCGCGCCGGAAGAGCUGCCAACCCCCAAGUUUCCCCUCCUUCUAGUUGACCUAACCGGUCCCCUGGCCGAGCGGCUCCUAGACUUAGCCCGGGCCGUUCUAUUGUCCCAUAAACUAUCACGUAGGCUCGUCCUGUUAUGGGACUCUGCUGACGUGGGCGGCGUCGAGCUCGGCGAGAUUGUCGACGCGCCGUAUCUAGUUCUCAGCCCCGGGGACCUCGAAACCGUUGCCGCCCUUCCACCGUCCGAUCUUCCGACGGUCACCGUUCCCGCCGCCGACGUGUUCUCUAGACCGGACGGAACGGAACACGUGCGCGUGCCGGACGUAAGCCACGUGGACGCGUCGCAGAUAGUAGAAGUGCAGCUCAACUCUAUGGUGGGCUCUUUCCGCCCUGCGUUUCCGCUGAAAGAAGCGACCCACAAGCUGCUCGUCGGCCGGAAUUUCAGGGGGCUGCUCGUCGACCGCACCACACAGUGCGAUGAGCGCGCGCUGCACGCGGCGCUCAAGGCGAGUUUGAUGGAAGCGGGCGCGACGAACGGCUCCUACUUCGCAGCCAUCGCCCCCGCGCCCGUGUGCGCGCGCUUGGAGGCGCUGGGCGUCAUGUGCGCGCGCUGGUGCGACGCGGGGAGCGGCCGCGAGUGCCACGCGCGCCAGCUGGCCAUGACGCUCGCGCUCGCGCAGCUGAAGGUCCUCUACUUCACUUCGUGGGCCGAAAAGACGGUGGACUACAUCCUGCGGCGAGGCCUCAUACCGGGCGUCCUCCUCGACUGCAACUCGGCUUCGACGGACACCCCGGGUCGCCUGUUCCGCCCCGCGCUCGCGCACGAUUUAGAGACUGCCAGCAAGCCAUUAUCACGGAGAACCGUCUGCCCGACGGAAGGCUUGCACCUGGUCACCCAGUAUCCCGUCUUAAACCGGAAUGAUUCCGGCCCCCGGCAAGCGGAAUUCACUGCCACGCUGGAAGCAAAUCUGGUACAUGACCAGAUCGCGGCCGUGCACCUCCUGCUGGAGUCUCGCACCGACGAAGCCGUCAUCCGCGCCUCCUUCAGCGACCCGUGCGAUAAGCUCCACGUGUCACUCUUAGGCCGCCGCCUGUACUACAGCGACGCCAUCGCGUAUGCGAACGAGCGCCUCCCGGGCAAGCUGUGCGCGCAGGCGCACGCGGACAUCUACUUCGGCGAGGGUUUGGAGUUUCUGAGCGCCGACCGGCACCUCGCGGGCGGCCGCCGCGUGCUCGCGCUGAGCCGCCACGAGAAGACGGAGAGUCACGUCUGCGGGAGAAACAUCUGCUACAGGUACGAGCAUUCGGAAGAAGGGCUCCUGUCGUCGGACGCUUUCGUCUUUGUCGCCCCUUUGCCGCAAAGCGUGGUCGACCAGACGGGGUUCGCGCCGCAAUCGGGGUCCGAAAACGUCGUCAUCUGGGCGCUUAAAAGAGCGGGGUUGGACGUUCGGAACCCGUGCAGGACCGUUCGUAUCUUCCACAACCACUGCUCGGGAGAUCGGAGCACCCUCGCAAACGCGGCUCGUUCCUGGGAGCACGAAGAGGAGCAAGACGCGCGUCUGGAUCUGAAGAUCUGCGAUGACUUUCACUGCGGGGAUGGGUACUGCGAGAAUGGACCGGAAGUGCUGGAGGACUUAGACGGGGAGGUUUGA